CCCUGCCAGCCCAGCCUCCCCAGGAGGGCCGUCCGACGGCCGGGGCUCGCCGCGCCAGCUGCCCCCUCGAGGGGGGGAAGCCCGAGUAGGGGGUGCCCGUGGGUACAGCCCCCCUCGGCCCCUGCUGCCCGGGCUGGAUGCUGCUGCCAUGGGGCGCGGGGCUCCCCUCGGACCGCGCCUGCUGCGGGCAGCGCUGCUGCUCGCCCUCUGCCCCGCCGCCGGCAGCACCUGGAUGUGGCUGGGCAUCGCGGCCGCCGGCGGGCCCGAGAAGCCGGGCUGCGCCAGCCCUCCACUGAGCCGCCGGCAGCAGGACCUGUGCCAGCAGAAGCCGGAGCUGAUGCCCGCGAUCCGGGAGGGAGCGCGCCUGGGCCUCCAGGAGUGCCGCAGCCAGUUCCGACACGAGCGCUGGGACUGCCGCUCGCCGCCCGCCGCCCGCCGCGGGAGCGCCGGCCCCGCCGCCCUGGGGCAGCAGCUCAGCAGCGGCACCAAGGAGACGGCGUUCGUGGCGGCCGUGGCGGCGGCGGCGCUGGUGCACGCCGUGACGCGCUGGUGCAGCGCGGGCAACGCCACCGAGUGCUCCUGCGAUGUCAGCCUGCGCCACGGCGGCUCGCCCAGCCAGGGCUGGCACUGGGGCGGCUGCUCCGACGACAUCCACUACGGAAUGGCCUUCAGCAGGACGUUCCUGGACGUGCCUUUCAAGAACCUCACAGGCAGGAGCGGCCUGGCGGCGAUGAACCUGCACAACAACGAGGCCGGGAGGCAGGCCGUAGCGAAGCUGAUGUCUGUGGACUGCCGUUGUCAUGGUGUUUCUGGGUCCUGUGCUGUGAAAACUUGUUGGAAAACCAUGUCAUCCUUUGAAAAGAUUGGCCGGUUCUUGAAGGAUAAGUAUGAAAACAGCAUACAGAUAUCAGACAGAUUGAAAAAAAAGCUACGCAGGAAAGAGAAAAGCCAGAGAAAAAUACCAAUCGGGAAAGAGGACCUGCUGUACGUGAACAAAUCGCCCAAUUACUGCGUGGAAGACCAGAAGCUGGGGAUCCCCGGCACCCAGGGAAGGGAGUGCAACCGCACCUCACAGGGGCCCGAGGGCUGCAACCUGCUGUGCUGCGGGCGCGGCUACAACACGCACGUCGUGCGGCACGUGGAGCGCUGCGAGUGCAAGUUCGUCUGGUGCUGCUACGUGCGCUGCAGGAGGUGCGAGACCAUGACCGACGUGCACACCUGCAAGUAAGGGCAGGCACAGGAAACGUGGCCAAGCCGUCAGCCCAGCGUGGUGCACACAGCUGCCCCGGGGCAGCGGUCACUGCUGUCCCGGGGGUUUCAGAGGGUCGGCCCCAGGGGGAACAGGUACUGCCAGAGGGGGCAGCCCCAGCAUGCCUCGACUGAAACAACAGCUGAGGAAACAUCAGGCUGCAUGCAGGGACAGCUUAAACAGCAAAAAGGACUCCUGAUGACACGUUUGAAGGUGUUACUCUGCGAGCAGGGACAGAUGCUAAACUUUUUGUGCCUUUAAUAGACACAGUGUCCUGAAGAUCCAUGUGGUGGGUAGGUACAGCCGAGAAAUCUCAAGAUCCCAUUAGCCAGAGACUGAAGAGUUAAAGAGAGUUUGUAAGACACAUUAGAUAUAGUCCUUAUGUCUGUGCUUUUAAAACUGGGACUAGAUGGAUCCACUAGAUAGUUCAUUUCUGCAGACUUCAGAAAACCCCACAAAGAUAGGGAAAGAGUUCAGCUGUUGACCAUGAAGCAUUUGCUUUGCAGCCGUUCAGAAAACUGCCUUCUGCAUGAUGUGCAGAAAUGUGUCGGGAAGUGAGGAACAUGUGUGGCUGCAGAGAGUUCAGCAGUGUCUGCCUGGAAAAGGAGAGUCAACCUGUGCCCAGGGGAGAGAGGCAGGAGCACAGCUUGGUGAAUGUGAAUGGGUACUACCAAAUGGCAACCUUAGGAUUUUUAACAGGUUCUCCUUCAAACACACAAGGGACAGGUCUGAGAAGGGACAGAAAUACACUUUGAUAUUUGAAGGAAAUAAAACCCGCAUUUCCUGAGUACCUGAGCACACAUUUUGUGAGUCAGCUGGUUGUCACCCUACUCUUGAAUUCUAUGCAGUAACCUGCCACAUUCAACCAUCUCACUGGUGGUUCACCAUCAUUAUCAAAAUCAACCACAUGAGAUUUAGCCCAAAGGAAUCUGCCAUGAAGCAAAGGAUUUUUUAAAACAUAUUUUCUUUAUAGAAUCAGCAGCUAGAAUUUUUCAUUAGGUUGCAUCCUCAGUAAGUUCAAUGCACAAUGUAAUUUACGGGUUGGCUCACACCACUAAAAUAUUUAAGCUGUUAAUGAUAACAUUUUCUCUGUCUCCAUAUGUUGGCCUAAUUUUAUUUUACAUCUGUGAAAGGUUGUUUAUUGUCAUGCAGUGAUUUAAUGCCUGGCUUAAAAAGCAUCAUGUGAAAGGAUUACUGUUGUUUAAUUGUGCAAAGAACUAUUUUUGAUAAGACAAAAUUGUUUAUAUUUUGUAAAUAUUUAAAUUAUGCAAGUUAUGUAAAAGGUUUCCAAAAUUAAUGUGAUAAGACUGCAGCCCUUGAGAUUUGUUGGUUAGAGUUUUGUUAAUAUUGUAGUGGUCUUUAAUUGAUUUUUAUUUGCAUGUGCUGGGGGAAAUUAGUCAGAGAACUGCAUAAAUGUUAGGGGUUUUGAUCAUCAGGGUAGUUACAAUUAUUUCAGUUCAUACACACUGAUGAGAAACACUUCCUAUGAUUUUGUAAAUGGUCAGUUAGUAUUCUGCAUACUUUCUUUUUUGUUAUUCUCUUAAGUGCCUCUUACAAACACUGAAAUCCCAGCUCCAGCAGUAAGUACUCCCACUGAAAUCAAGGGAACUUGGAUGGGUUUGCAAUCCCUGAACUUCUUCCACACUAACAGCCAGUUUUUAGAAUCUUGGGACAGGUUGGCUGAGGCUUUCAAAGUUACUUUGAAGAAUUAAUUUCCUAGUUGUCAGUUAUUUUCCCAGGAAAGAUGGUGACCAGAUUCUGAACUGUCACUCUUUAUUGGAUGUGUAGGUCAGGAAGAAGGAAAUAAAUCUUCUAUGUUGUGGUAUUUCACUGCUUUAUGUGGAUUAUCUGUGGAACAUCAGUUCAGCAACAAUGAAUGUUCAGCAACAUGAUCUUCUGUUUGGACCUUUACUCCACAUUUGGCCAGUCCAUCUCCACUGGCCUAACCAAAUUAUUAUCUUAGGACCACAAAUCUGCUGUGGGAAGGGUGCAUGCCAGUAAGGCACUGUCACAGGAGACUUCAACACCUUCUAUGUGAAAACUUGGAUAAGGAGGACAUAUCAUGGUGGAACACCCUGAAGAGAGAGUUGUGAGCCCAGGUUGUUUCAGCAGUGAAAAUAAACCCACAGGUUCCUCAGGCUGUGCCACAGGAUUGACUGGCAGCAUGGAUGGGAGAUGAGCAAGCAGCACUAAGUCCAGACAGAACAGUACCAUACUCUCUGCUGAGACCUUACCUGGGAUAAUACAAUUUUGACCAUUUAAAUAACCUUGAAAUAUUAUUUGAGCUCAGUAGUUUAUUGUUUUGGGGUUGUUUUGGUUGUUUUGUUUUCCUGUUCACUAUUUGUAAGAUCAGCAAGAGACAGAGAAUUAAGUAGCUGCUUUAGCUGCCUCCAGGGAUCAGAAUCUUCCCAGAGGCUGGAGCGAGCAAUUUCCAUGCAUUUUUACAUAGUAGACAAUGUAGCUGGAUUAUUACAGUACUCUGUGUUGAUCCCUGCCUCUCUCUGUGUAUAUUCUAAUGCCCUGAAACAAAGUUUUCAUAUCUGCACACUUCAAAUGAUAAUAAACAGAUGAUGUUCAUUUUAUUAACUAAUAUACUACAAAACUUAACACGAGGUAGGUUAUGUGGUGGGUUACGUGUUUUUGAGGCAUCUGUGAGAACUAAGAUAUAAAAGUCAGAAAUCAAGACAUCCACCAAGUUUUUCAAUGGGAUUAUUCAGCUGCCAGGACCUGGGAACUUGAGGCUGACUGAUAAAAACAGUGCUGAAACAUUCAAGGCUGAAAAGGAUAAUUAGAGAAGACUGCCAUAGCAUUUGGUAGCAAAAAACAUUUGCAAGCUAUGUUCCACAGAAGAUAGCACUUUAUUCCACUGCUAUCCAUCAAGCUCAAAGAGGAGUCAUGAUUUCACCUCAGUUUGGAGUGCCUUUUUUCAUGUUUUUGCCUGAGCCUGUAUCUCUAUCAUGCUAUGGACAACACCCUAAGAAAGGAACAGACCUUCCUAAGGCCACAGGUGAUUACAGAUGUAGAGAUUGUAGCAAUUGAAAUACAAGAUGAAAGGCACUGGUUUGCAUGUUCUGGAGAGGAGAACAUAGGGCAAGGAAGAAUGUAAAAAGAUACCUAAGAGUCAUCAAGGUACCUAAGAGUCAUCAAUUUUUAAAUUGCUAAAAGGUAAUCGUUAAUUUUCAGCUAAGAUUUGGACAGCACAUGAGCCAACUCACCUAGAUGGGCAGUGAAGCACAGGAGGUGUUAUCUGAGGAAUCUGUUUUAACCCGAGUUAGGUUAGAAGGAUGCCUUAGAUCUUUGUAAUGUUGAAAGGGAUAACUACAGAGGCAGCAAGGAGGAACUAAAAGGGGCUUUAACAUUACCAGAAAUGCAAAGAAACGUCUCAAGUAGAGCAUGUUGUCUGUUGCCAUUCUUCACUUUUUCACCCCCAGGGAGGCAGAAGCAGGAUGCGGCUGAAGCUCAGGUGUUUGUGCCCUGUUGGCCUGUUGCUCAGAGGGUGAGAAGCAGGGCCCCUUGUAUCCCUGGUACAGCAUCAGGAGCCACCCCGUGAUAUCACUGAACAGGUCAAGGGCUGUUCUCACACUUUCCUGCUUCAGCCUCCAAGUUCCCAUAUAGUCUUACAUGUUUCUUCAAGUUUCUUUAACAAGCCCCUUGUAUUAAGGUUAGGCUAUGGCCUUAGGGCCUUAAAACUGAAGAGGAUUUCAUCAAUAAAAAGUCCUUUGCUUAGCCAUGACCCAAGUCAGUAAGGGAGGCACUGCAGCCCUUCCCAUCCUUACACAGGAAAGUCAGCCAGCACUUAUGGUGGCAGUAUUAUUUCCCCUUCUGAAAUUACCCACCUGGCCUCUUAUUUUAUUAAUACACUUAUUCUUGAAAAACACUCAGACUGCAGAAAACCCAAACAGUUUAGGAGACAUUACAUACACAUCAAGCAUUUAGCAGUCAAUUCAAUGUUUGAGGAAACUAUGUGCCACAGUAAGACACCUGGAAAGCAAAACAUGCCGAGCAAAAUAAAGCUUUUUUCCAACCUGGCAAUCAGGAAACUAAGGCUGUAAAAGGGUCUGCUUUUUCCAUAGGGAAAAAAAAAAAAAAAGCUGGAUCAUGAAAGACACUAGGGAAGGUCCAGAGGGUACAUAAAGGCAGUGAACCCCUUCAGUUUAUUUCUUAGGACUUCUAUUAAUCCAUAUAAAGCACCACUAGUAAAGCAGUUGAGAGCUGUGGUGUACAUUGAAGUCAUCCUCAGGUGACUUGAAUCCCUUGAAUCCCAGCUGGGUAUUCCUUGGUGAAAAUUAGGUUGAAACCUUCUUGUGUCCUUCCCCCUCUCUUCUCACAGCUCUGCAUUUUGAGGCAGACAUACCUCACAACUUUUCCCUUCCCUUGCUGCUGUAUUCUCAACAAGUCUGCAAGAUGCUACAAAUGUUCCCGUGUAUAGGAAAACAUGGAUCCUGGAGCUUUGCCCCACACAGGUAUUCAUGCACCUUUGUCUUUGCAACUGAUUUCUCCAGCUGAAGAGAGGCCAGAAUAGUUACCUUUGAGCUUGGCUACUCAAGUGAAAUGCAGACAGAUUACCAGAAAGUUUCUCUGUUAAGAUUCAGAGUUCAUCUCAGCAGCAGGAUACUGUAACUUGCCUGCUCAAGGCAGAGAGGACAGGACCAGAUCUUGCAGCAAGUCAACAGAGCAUGAGGAAGCAGAAAAGCAAGGAGACCCCAUUUGUAUGGCCACUCCAGUGUGACUUUGAAGUAUUUCACAAGAGUCUUAUUCAAUAUGAUACCAUACAGCUGUGAGGACACAGAGAAUAAGAGGAAGAUCUUAAUCAAAAUUUUAAGAAUCAAAUUACUUAAGAUAGAACAAAACUAAUUCUACCAUUUUAUUUUUUUAAUUCAUUGUUUAAAAGGUUUAUUGCAGGUACAACUUUAAGGGUGUUAGGAGAAUCAUGAUAUAUUUACUCAACGUGGAUUGCUAAUAAAGGCACACAUUCUCCAUUUAAUUUUGUAGAGGAAAUUUGAACUUUUGAAUUUGAAGAAAGAUGUCAUGUUCAUUGGUGUUCAAAGCCAAAAGAAUGAAGACAAUUGUAGUCCAGAAAAACUACUAAUGCAGCCAAAUAUGGUUUCUUCCUCUUAAAACUCUGCUAAGUAACUUCAAAAUUAUUUUGGUAUUAUUCUUGACGGUAGCAUAGCCAAUACUGGCAUAUACACCAACAGAACUGUAUUUCUGUGAAAAUUCCAGGAAUUAGACAAUUAGCUUUUCACUACAGCCUUAAGUAAUGAAAUAGAAUUUCAAACUGAUUAGAGAAGGGGAUUUUACUUCAGUGAAAAAAUACAUAUGAUUUUAACACAUCCUCCUACACAGGAAAAUCUGGAAGUUCUAACAAUCUUGAAGGAAACUCCUAUUAUUUAAAAAGCUAGUUAAACAUAGAUAACUCAGAAUCCAGUCUUACUCUGGUAACAGAGAUAAUUUAUUUUUCUUACAAGGUAAUUCUCAAUAUUGCUUGAAAUUUUUAGUGCACAGAAUUUGGCUGACAAAACAUCAACAAUAAUACUAUUUCUAAUGCCUCUCUGUAAAACUCACUGUGGGUUCCUGAAAAAGCCUUUGUAGCUUUCACCCCAUAGGACUAGCUUGAAGUUUUUGAGGAAUAUACCAGAAUUCAUGACACAAAGAGAUUAAGCCAGUCCUGUGUCAGCCCAGAUUUUGUGAAUAUGGACAUGGUCAGUUAGUAUGGUAUAACUCAGUUCCAGGAAAAGUUCAAGCAGGCCCUACUUAAAAAAAUACAAGUUAAGAAAGAAACCAAGGUCUUCACACAGCUCUGAUACAAGCUAAAGAAUAAGGCCACUUAAACUUGGUCCUUUUUUUUU